AUGGAGAAAUUUUUGGAGAGGGAAAAUGUUUUGUUGCGAUAUAGUCCUCGUGGGUCAUUAGCACAGAGCAGUAACUCAGAUGAAUUGGAUUUUAAUGAUGUUUUUGGCGGUCCACCGAGGCGGUUUUCGAUGCCAGAAGUGAAAGGGACGUACAGUUUUGGUGAACCAGUGGAUUCCGAGGAGAAGCCAGUGUUUGGAACAGAAGUUGUGACAAGAAGGCGAAAUCUGGGUGAUGGUUUCUUUAAUGAUAUAUUUGGAGGUGAUGAGUCUUAUAGUUCACCGAGGAGGACUGAUCGUGACCGGGAAAAUACCUUUGGCUCGAGCCCUGGUUCAAGGAUUUCCAGCCCUGGCAGGGCUUUGAUACCCAAAGCUGAGGCUUUUGGCACUUCACUUCCGGCGCAGUUCAGUCUUCCUGCCAAAUUGAUAAAAGCAACAGACUACCCUACAUUUGCUUCUGGAAAUCGUAGACCAUAUAAGAUGGAUGGCAUUACAAAUGGUAUAAGCAGCUCCCACUCUUCAAAUUCUACUCCAUCUGGAUUUUCAGGUCAAGCAAUCUCGGGACAGGAGGAGACGAGAAAUGAUCUUUCAACAGUACAUCACCACAGCUCCUUGUCCAAUGAAGUUUCCCUUAGCAACGAGGAUUCUACACAUUCUGGAAUAACUGAUCAGAAAGAUGUUGAGAAAUGGAAAAAUGAUUCAAUAAGCGUGGAAACUCAAUGCAAAGGCAAUCCGUUUCAUUUCUCUAUAUACAAAUGGGCAGGAAGAGAAUUACCAAUGCUUAUUCCACUUCGACGUGGGAAGGUUUCGAAAUUGAAAGAGAUGAGUAAAAUUGAAAGGUCUGCAAGCUCUAAUGGAAGGAUCGAAAUUAUGGAGCCAGAAUUGUCUACAGUGGAAGACCUUGGGAUUUCAACAAAUAUUGGGGUCGAGUUGAAAUUUGAAAGUGAGAAGCAUGAUGAUAGAAGCACACAAGAUUCGGUUCUAGUCAUGACUGGAAAAGAAGCUAAUUCCCUGCAAAAAACAAGUGCAGGAAAGAGAAUUGAAAAUGUAAUCGCUGUGAAGACUGGCGAAUCUCACAAGCCAGAAGUGAAGCCUCUGCAUGCAUUCAUUGAUGAGUUUGAACAACAAGAUAAAGUGAAGAUUAAGGAACGAAUAAUGGGCUUGGACAGAACACGUGCGAAUAAAGCUAGCCUGCGAACUUCACUCAUAAAUUCAGAAAAAGUUCCUGGUAGAAGUGGAGUCAAAGGAAAGGUCAAAGAGUUUGUCAAGAUUUUCAACCAGGAAGCUUCUUCAAGAUCAAAAGUUGAUCCUGAGACUCCAAAUCAGAGCUCUAGAUGGAAAGGCGUAGGCAUAACUCAACAAGAAAUUGAAGUGAAUUUGAAUGCAGCAAAAUUAAAUAAUGAAGUGCCCAUGUGCAGUGUAAAUAUGAUGCCAGAUGUUUCUCACUGGGUUAACAAAAAUCUCAGCAAUGAUGAAGCAAAACAUUACUCUCAUACAAAGACCCCAACUAAUCGAAGUAACCAUUUUUCUAAUGCUCAGAAGGAUUCUAUACCAUCUGAGUCUCUACCCGUUGAUUCUAAGGUUUCUGCUGAAAAUGCAGAUGAACCUUUCGAAGUCAACUUUGUGAUCCAAGAAUUGUCUCAUGAUGACAACAAAGUUACAGUUGAUGGAAGUUCUGAGGACAUGAAAGCUUCAGAUGCCAAGAUUCGACAAUGGUCUCUUGGGAAGAAAGGAAAUAUCCGUUCGCUGCUGUCAACUUUGCAAUUUGUUCUUUGGCCUGGGAGUGGAUGGAAGCCAGUACCCCUUGUUGAUUUAAUAGACGCAAAUUCGGUGAAAAGAUCAUAUCAAAAGGCUUUGCUCUGCCUACAUCCAGAUAAAUUGCAACAGAAAGGAGCCGCUACUCAUCAAAAAUAUAUUGCAGAAAAAGUGUUUGACAUUCUGCAGGAGGCAUGGGACCAUUUCAAUACAAUUGGCUUGUAA